ACGUUCAACAACUUAUUGGGUAUUUUGGUAUUAUGGUGAUAGUGGUGAUAGACAAUGUGGAAAUUAUUGCAUAAUAGUAUUUUCAAUAGUAGCGUUUUUAUUAUUAUGUAUAAUAUUAUGUGGAUGCCUAAAAUGUUAUUUCAUAAGACAACGUUAUAAAGAAGAUGAAAAGUAUACUGGUGAUUCAAGCAUUGAAAACGCAUUAGCUGCAGUUUGGCCUGAUCAAGCUCGUAAAGAACAAGAAGCUGCUGCUGAACUACAAAAGAAAAGAUUGAAUGAACAAUACCCACCAUUAAAAUCAUUAUCUUCAUCAUCUACCGCUUCUCCUUCAUCUCCACUAUCAUCAAAUCAUGAUAACAAUCCACCUCCAGCUUACGGCGAUGAAACCGUAGGCGAUGAACCAAAUUUUUUUCAUAAUCUUAGACGUCGAAGCCCAUUCCAGGCUGUAAGAUAUGCUAAUAAAUUUUCAAAAGAUCAUCCACCAUUUGAAGCUUUACCACCCCCUGAACAUAUGAAUUACCUUAAAGAUACUGGUAUAAACGCAUGGAAAUUUUCUGACGAUAAUUUAAUAAGAGCAAACAUUAUCAGUAUAUUAAAUGACAGAGGAAAUGUGAUAAGAUUCAAUCAAAAAUUAGAUGCUAUGGUACAAACUAAUUAUCCAUUAGUAGAAUUAUACGAUAGUGAUAAUAGUAGCAGUAGCAACAAUAAUGUUGUCCAUAAAAUCGUACCAAAACCAUCUCAAGCUCAUCUAUUAAGUAGUGAUAAUCAACAUCAAGACUUAUCAUUGGCACCUCCACCUUACGAAUUACCUUCAACUUCUGCUCUUGGCAAACCUGGCAAAUGGUUUUAUUAUUACGAAGUUACAAUACGUUCUAAUCCUAAUAAAAAAGAUACAACAAUUGCAAUUGGUUUGGCAACAAAACCUUAUCCUAAUUAUAGCAUUCAUUCAGUAGGUUAUCAUUCAAAUAAUGGAAAUAAAUUUCAUAAUGAGUCAUUUGCUGGCAGAGAAUACGGUGAAAAAUGGGGCGACGAAGGCGACACGAUAGGAUGUGGAUAUUAUCCUAAUACUGGUUAUGUGUUUUUUACAAAAAAUGGCAAAUUUCAAGAAAUUGCAUUCACUGGAUUAUUUCAUAUCUGGUUUCCAACAAUUGGUACAGAUGGCGAAUGCACUAUGGAAAUAAAUUUCGGAGAUAAUAAUGGAAAAGAAUUUGUGUAUCAAGAAGCCAUUGGUAUGAGUGUAUGUGGACCUAUUAAUAAUGAAAUAAUAUCAAAUGAAAAUGAAUUACAUAUUAGUAAAGUCGAGAAAAAUAAUUAUAAUUUGUAA